CCUUCUUCUUGCACAUACUCAAUUUCCCGUCGUACACCUCUUUAUAGGAUCCUGCGCCCAAUACGCUGCUUUUAAAAUGCGUAUUCACCUUCCGCUGGACCCCAUUCAGUUCAAUGUAACCCCGACAAACGCUUCAUCUCCACCUCUAGCCCAGUUGGGGGGAAACCUUGUCCUGGUUGAGCUUCAAGGAGAGCUGACAUGGGAAGGAGAAAAGUCCAAUGGCGUGGUCGGAGUGCUUGGAUUGGAUACACCUGAUAAACCAACAUUACAUCUUGGACCACACCAUCUCCUUCACGGAAAAUUCGCUAACCUGCAAAAGCCAUACGUGGUCAUCCGUCGUGUAACUGGUGAUUUAUUGGCUAAUGGAGGCAAAGCGGAAGAUGCGGAAAGAAUAAAAGGUAUUGCUGUACAGGGUGAUGCGGUAGAUGAAGAAUCAUCAGAUGAAGAGGAGGAGGAAGACGAUGAGGAAGGGCCACUUUUUGAGAAAGAUGAGGAUGCCGAAACGACACCCACGGAAGAUAGAGAAGCACCCGGAAGUAGUUCACCGUUUUAUCCCCCAUCAACGCCUAAAGAUUAUUCGUCAGAUAUAGAGAUGUCAAGUCCUGCACAAAGUCAGAUUGAUGACUUCGGUUUCCCAAAACGCGGUCGGGAGCAGGACCAAGAUGAGGACGAAGAGGACAUCAGUACCGAAAGGAGAAAAAGAAGGAAAUUAGAAGAUGCUAAGGAGAAAGAAAAGAGGGAGAGGAGGAAGAAGAGACAAGGACGAAAAGAGAGGACUAGACAUUAUGCGGUAGUGGGGAUUGUCAGAAAAAAGGUCGUGUUUGCUUUACGGCCGGAACCGCUGGUGGCCCCCACCAUCUUGCCAGAAUAAUUGAAUACAGCCAUCCAUUGUACCACAUACUUCACUUUGCAUGUAGAUAUGUAUAAUAAUUCCC